AUGAGCAAUGAGGGCGAGGCACGAGAUAGAAAAGAGACCAAAGUCGCUUCUCGCACAGCUGGGAAGUCGGAGACUGGAGCUGCUGAAGCUGUGGUGGGGAGACGUGGGUAUACUGAACACAAGUCACGCGGGACACGUCGAGCGGUAGUGGACGGAUGCAGUAUCUAUACAUAUAUUCAGAUUGGUGCUUUUUACACGGGGCUGGAUAGAGUGUGGGGGAUGGUCAUGACGAAUCGAGCCAAUCAAAUUCGUCGAAGCGAGACGAAUGAACGAAUCGCAGUGACGUCAUCAGGUGGAAUACAGUGA